UCCAAUCACUCCCUCGACCUAAGCGGGGUAUUUCUUUAGCCUUGAGGCAGCCCACUUAAUGACGGAUUCCUUCAGCGAGUUGAUUGAAUUGUGUGGCUCUCUGGGAUAUUUUACAAAGGAGGAAUGUGUGAGUAAAGGGGAAAUGGAGCUGGAGCUGGACGAUGUCCUCUUGGUUCGGGAAGGGUUUGAUCAGAAGAAAAAGUAUGUCAAAGGGAAAGCAGCUUCCCACUUGUUAAAGCAGCUUGAGCUUGAGUGCGCUAUGCGGAGAUACUUGUGGCAAAAUUUUGAGAUGUGGUUCCAUGGGUGUCAUGAAAGGUUCCACCGAGGGAAGUGUGCUGAGACCUGCAGAAUGGUUGUCUUCAAGUCAUGCUGUUGUGGAAGCUUGAAGAAGGAGGUUUGUGGGAAGAGAUUAAGAGGUCCCUAUGCCCCUUGUCCUGUGAUGGUUCCAAUAUCAUGUGCUUGUGGUCGGACACGAUUUGAGGUUCCUUGUGGAACGGAGAAGGACCAAAAGUCUCCCAAAUGUCCAAAAUUGUGUGAAAUUCCUCCUCUGUGCAGGCAUGGCCCCAAAAUCAAGAUUUCUGCUGGGCAGCCUUGCUUUGGACGUCCAUGGUCCUGUGUGAGGAUCAGGUAUCAUGCAGCCUCCUUGACCAUAUCAUCACCGUGGCAAAUGGAGAAGACAUGUGCCUAUAAUCAGGAAUACAAGAGAAUUGUCUCCUGAGUAUUCCCAAGAUCCCAGAUAUCUUUGCAUCCAUUACCCGUACAGAGGAAGAUAUUACUACAUCAGUGUCAUCUUUCUACGAGGCAACAGGGACUCCAUCAGCUGUGACCCCAACAAGAAACCGGGCUUCUUACCCCCAAAACCCAGAGGAGAUAAGGACAAGGACCAACUUUGCCUCACAAGCAGCGGUAUCAUUUGCUCUAGAUGGAUAUAAGACAAGAUAUUCUGGCAUUUCUUGAUGGUAGGAUGAUGCGGGGAGACUGAACACUGAAGAACGAAUUGGAAAGUGGGGAUGGUGCAAGGCUUAGAAGUUGGUCCCCAGCACUGAGUAUGCUUCUGAGCUUCACACCUGGGGUACAGGUCAGCAUCCGCAAGUAGAUCAUUAGGUUCUUCUGAGUACUUACAAUAUUAUGAGUAUUAGACCGUGUUUCUUUGGAUUACAUUAGAAUAUUUUUAGUUAUUAGUAUUUGACAAUGUAAAUAAUAUUAUCUCGGAUCAUGAACCAUGGAAUGAAUCAUGAAAUAUUGAUGGGU